CGCUCGCAACCGUGGUGGGGGGCAUCCUUUGCGGAGCCGACUUGAGGCCGCGCUGGCGGCAGCGUUAUCCGCGGUUGACGGAGACGGGGGUAAAAAGGGGAACCUGUGGCGCCCCCACCCGGUAGUGACAGUUUCUCUUGGGCCCGCCCGCCUUCCCCCCAUCCGCCCCGCAGUAUGGCUGCCAUGGGAGGUGCCAUCUUGGAAGAGGCAUCACUUCCUGUGUGUAGGAAGGAGAACUGUGGUGCUGGUGUGAGAACAGAGCAAGUUCCCACAAAUAUUGAAUGGAACUCCUGCUUCAAGCACAGCCAGUGUUGGGAUGGAUCCCUCCCAUGCUUGUAGCAUUCUCCAGCAACUCAAAGCAAUGUAUGAUGAAAGACAGCUGACAGAUAUUGUGGUGGAAGUGGAUCAUGGGAAAACUUUUUCUUGUCAUCGGAAUGUUCUUGCUGCAAUCAGUCCUUACUUCAGAUCAAUGUUCACUAGUGGCCUUACUGAGAGCACCCAGAAAGAAGUUCGGAUUGUUGGUGUUGAAGCAGAGUCCAUGCAUUUAGUACUGAACUAUGCAUAUACCUCCCGAGUAAUACUGACAGAGGCCAACGUCCAGGCUUUGUUCACUGCAGCUAGUAUAUUCCAGAUCCCUUCUAUCCAGGAUCAGUGUGCUAAAUACAUGAUCAGUCAUUUGGAUCCGCAGAACUCCAUUGGCGUAUUUAUCUUUGCUGAUCAUUAUGGGCAUCAGGAACUGAAAGUCAGAUCACAAGAUUACAUUCGUAAAAAGUUCCUGAGUGUCACUAAAGAGCAAGAGUUUCUCCAACUGAGGAAAGACCAACUCAUAAGCAUACUGGACAGCAAUGAUUUAAAUGUUGACAAGGAAGAGCAUGUCUAUGAAAGCAUUAUAAGAUGGUUUGAACAUGAACCCAACAAAAGAGAAGUCCACUUGCCAGAAAUUUUUGCCAAAUGCAUCCGCAUGCCUCUUUUGGAUGAAGCAUUCACAGAGAAAAUUCCUCCCAUGUUUGCACAGGCUAUAGCCAAAAACUGUGUACAGAAAGGACAAAGUGGUGCCAAUGGCUAUACCCAACGGCUCGGAAUGACUGCUUCAGAAAUGAUCAUCUGCUUUGAUGCUGCCCACAAACACUCAGGGAAGAAGCAAACAGUGCCUUGUUUAGAUUCCGUCACAGGGAGAGUGUUCAAACUAUGCAAACCACCCAAUGAUUUGCGAGAAGUGGGGAUUCUUGUCUCUCCUGACAAUGACAUUUAUAUUGCUGGAGGGUACAGACCAAGCAGCAGUGAGGUCUCCAUAGAUCACAGAGCAGAAAGUGACUUCUGGAUGUAUGAUCAUUCAGGCAAUAGAUGGAUCCCUAAGGCUCCACUGCUUCGUGCUAGAAUAGGCUGCAAACUGGUUCAUUGCUGUGGUAAACUGUAUGCAAUAGGUGGUCGGGUGUAUGAAGGAGAUGGACGCAACUCGCUGAAAUCUGUGGAGUGUUACGAUGGCAGAGAGAACUGCUGGACAGCAGUCUGUCCAAUGCCUGUAGCAAUGGAGUUUCAUAAUGCUGUGGAAUAUAAAGAUAAUAUCUAUGUUUUACAGGGAGAAUUUUUCCUAUGCUAUGAUCCUCGAAAAGAUUACUGGGGUUUCUUAACUCCUAUGACUGUGCCUAGGAUCCAGAGUUUGGCAGCUGUCUACAACAACUCCAUUUACUACAUUGCUGGAACCUGUGGAAACCAUCAGCGUAUGUUUACCGUAGAGGCCUAUGACAUUGAGUUGAACAAGUGGACUCGAAAGAGGGACUUCCCAUGUGACCAGUCCAUUAAUCCAUACAUUAAACUUGUUGUCUUGAAAAAUAAACUUCAUUUGUUUGUCCGAGCUACUCAAGUCACUGUUGAAGAGCAUGUCUUCAGAACCAGCAGGAAGAAUUCGCUUUAUCAGUACGAUGAACUUACUGACCAAUGGCAAAAGGUGUAUGAGACCCCAGAUAAGCUCUGGGAUCUUGGACGUCAUUUUGAAUGUGUUGUUGCUAAAUUGUAUCCACAGUGUCUUCAGAAAGUUAUUUGAAUGCUCUCCUCCCUCCUUUCAUUGGUAAAAGGCCUUAGUGACUUUGAUAUUUAAUGGUAGCAGAAAAAUCUGUUUUUAAAGAAAAACCAACUCAAUUUUGUCAGUAUUUAAUGUGAGCUGAAAUUGAUGGCUUUUUUUUACAUGGGGAUGGGUGCUCUUUAAAGGUUGCAGUGGGGAGAAGGGAAUUAGUGGUUUAAUUUCCUAAUGGAUGUUUUCCUUUGGAGUAAGGAGUGGGUUACAAAGUGCAAUUAUCAGCAUUUUCUUUGUUAGAGUCAUUUGAUCAUGUUGUUCUACAGUGAUAAUUUGACUAAAAGCAAGAGUAGGUGGAUUGGGGUAACUAUGCACUACACUGAGAGCAACUAACAUGAAUAGCUGAAAUGAAGAGCACGUUUGAAGUGACUUAUCUAAAAUACGGGUAAAAUCUGAGGCAAUAUUGCUAGCUUGCUGUUUUAGAUUCUGUGACACUAAAUAGACAAAUUCCUGGUCCUUAUACCUCUUCCAUAUGUAUAAAGGUACUGAAAUAUUUGUAAUACAGUGUGGUAGUUGCUGCAGAAAUAUCAAGAUUUGCAGCAGACCAUGAGCUAUCAUCUGGAAAAAAAAAGGCUGCCUUUGGGGGCUGCAUUGCUUCUCUCCUUAGAGUUUAGUUUAAGUGUGUGUGAUUGUCUGUUCUUGAACUUCCAGUGGCAUCAGGAGAGCCAUUUUCUGCCAACUAAAUGUAGAGCUUCAAAAGCAGUUGAACACAUUGGUCACUCCAUAAAGGGCUUAAACCCAAUGGUGCUAGCACAUCUUUAAUACUUAAAAAGUUUGAAAUGGGUCAAAUGGGACUGCUAAUUUAAAGCAGUCAAUUAGUAUUAAUGUCUCUAGUCUUAAGCAUGUAUCUUGUUGCUUUGUGUAUGAAUCCCUAUUUUAGUUUGAAUUUCUCUUAUGGAGCUAAUUCUUGCCUAGAAUAAGGACAGGCAUAGUCUUAAUCUCACUUUGGGGAGAGUUGUUCCAUCACUUAGAAGGUUAAGCGCAAAGUGCAGUUUGUUUGUCCAUCCUUCAAUAACUCUUUAAUUGAGUAGUUUGAAAUACUAAUAGUUAGCCAUAAUAGAUGGAGUUUGGCUGCAGUCCUUUGCUCACUUACCUGGGAGUAAGCCCAUUUAACACAGUAUGACUUAAUUCCAAGUAAAUGUGCAUAGGAUUAUAUUGUGAGAUAAUAUUGAGCAUACUACUGAGCCAUUCUUCAAAAAUAUGGCGUGUUAACUCAUCACCUUAUGUUCCCCUCUGUUGUCAUUUUGGCAUUCAUUUGACUUGCAGCUGAUACAUUUUUCAUGGAACAAUGAUUUGCCCCCAGUCACCUUAAUGGUGAAGCAAUUCUGGCUUUUGCCAGUACCAUUGAAUCCUUCUAACUGUUGCCUGGUUUUCUGAACUCCGAUUAUUUCUGGAGUAAUGUGAAAUUUUGCACCACUGAGUUUUCUUUCUGUUCCGAGGAUAGCCACUUUAGGAAGUCUUCGCAUAAAAACUUUUGGAGCAGGGUAAGAAUCCAGUUUGUUGUGACAUAGGCCUGGUUUGUACAUAACAUUAUGUAAUAACAUUAAACCAUAAAUAUAAACAAUGGUUUAAUGAGAAUUAGCAGUGUGCUGAUUCGCUAGGCUAGCACUGUGCUUGUUUCUCUCAUUCCCUGCUCUGCUGCUGGGAGACAAGGCAGAGUGUAGCAUGUUGCAUUGGCUGAACCUGGGAAUAUGGUUUGUUUCUCUCCAAACCACGAUUGAAACCCAAAGUGUGUUAUUGGCUUACUACUCAUGGCUUAUUUUGGAAGAAACUAGGAGCCUGUGUUCAGACGUCACAAGAAACCAAACUCUAGGUUAUUUCCCAAUGACAUAACAGAAAUGGGAGGAACAAAACAAGCACUGUAUUAGCAGCAUGGUAGUGCAUGCAGCUCAUUCGUGUUUAACCAUUGUUUGUUUUUAACUGGUUUAAUGUUGUAUAUAGACCCGGUCUCUUUGUUUUUAUUUGGAAUGACUAAGGUUUUGUUAACAUCUUUUAGGUAGUCUUAAUGUGAUAGUUCUGAAAGGUUAAUAGUAGAUCUUUUCUUGGUGAUUCUUUGCCAGGGACGACAAGAUGGGCACAAUUGCUCAAGAAGGAAACAUGCCCUGUGUUCAUCUUAGUUCAGUUUCAGUUUUGCUUUAAAGAAUGAUGAGUUGGCCUUAUAUCAAAGGAUGGCCGCUACUUCUAACAAUAGAUACUCAUGUCAGUCAAACUGUAGUUUAAAGAGAUUAAAUUUAGGAUAUUCAAUAAAUAUUAACAUGUAAUCCCCAUAAACAUUUUGUGUUAAUAUGUUCCUACUUGACUUUGUAUGUUUUAAAUCUUGCACAAUAUAUUGAACACAACUGUGAAACUAAAGGAUAAUAAAACCUCGUUCUGUUACAUACCUCAUCUCCCAGAGAUUCAGCAAGCAGCCUUUUGUCUUUGGGUUUCUUUAUAUACCAUGCAGGAGGUACAGUAGCUUGAACAUAAAAUGCCCGUGAGCAUAUAUCAUGAUGUGUUUAUAAUUUUUCUUUGUCUCUUUUAACAACAUUCAGACAUCAGCCUAGUACAGAAUAUAGGCUGGGGAACUAUAAUCAUUUUUCUUCACAAAAUGCCAUAGCUUCACAUUCAACUCUUGCAUGCAAAAUAGUCUAUAUGCCUACAGCAUCUAAUCCUGCACAUUAGUCUCGUGUAGUCAACUUAAGAUAUGAAUUGGUGCUCCAGUGUGUCUGAAUGGUUCAACAAGGUUUCCAUUCAGCACUACAAGGCUGUGUUGUGCGCCCCUGCUGUUAAGAAGUGAUGGUGGAAAAAGAAUAGUGGAAAUGCUAACCUGACAGCAUAAGUUCAACCUUAAGGGUUCAUAAUGCAAGGUGUACUCGGUCUAAUGUGAUAAAUUACUACUUUAGAUAUGAGUUCUAGUGCUUCUCUGAAUGAAAGGUUUUGAUGUCUUAAGCAUAGUUGCUGAGACUAAAUUUUGAACGAAGUUAUUUCUUGGGGAUACUGUUCACACACAAAUUGUUCAGUUGCUUUCAUAUAUUUCUUAUUCCUUAGUUGGCUAUAUUUGCGCUAUUGUAAGUUUCUUACCUGCAAGCUUUCUGAAGCACCCUCCCUAAAAGUUGUUAUUAAUUUUUUUUGCAAAGAAGGUGUUAUGUAUCUUUCAAAAAAGUUCUGUUGAAAAUCUUUACAAGACUUGUUGCUGCUUUUUGACAAUCUUCUGUAUUUAUUUAGUAGAAAUGUCAAUUUGACUUGAAAUUUAAUAAAUUAAGUUAGCAAAUGACCCUGUCAUGUGAUAUAUAGAAUAUGCUGUGGUUAAUUCUACAGUAGGUUUGUUUUUAAUUUUCAUUUUUAUCUGCACUAAAUACAAAUAUCUUUUUGUCCAACAUUCACAGUGAGGGGAGGGUUUGAUCGUAGUGUGCUUAAAAGCUAACUCUUGAAUUUUUUGCCAUUGAGUGGAAUACACUGAGUCUUAUGCAUGAAUAAUUUAAGCAGUUAAUAUUAACUGAGACCUUUAGUUGUUUACAUGCUUCAAAAUUAUCUAGUGAGAAUUGUCAGUGUAAAACUUGUUUUUCAAAAAUCUGAUUCUAAAACAAACUUUGCACAGCAUGAGGACACAAAUCAUAAUUGUGCUAACCUGUGUAGGGCUAUGUUUGACUUCUCCGCUCAUCUUUUUUUUUACUGUUCUUCUAGCUUAAUUUUUUGAAACAUUACUUUUCCAUUUUAAUGCUUUUUUUGGAAACAGGCUGGGAAAAACAUCAAAGUUUUUAUUGUGAAACUUGUUGGUUUGAAGGCACAAUCUACCAAGUGCAUUAUCCACUGCUUUGCAUAUAUCCCACAUAAAUAAAGUGGGGUCGCGUGGUGGUAGUGCCUGGUGGCCUGCUCCUCUAUUACAGCUGGCUUUGUUGCGUGUGCUGUUCCUGUAGUUUGCAUAAUAUCAAAGUUCCCUGUGUUCCAAAAUCUGUUUAGAAAUGGCAUCAGAAGUUCAGUGCUCAGGUAUGUUAGUAAGAAGUACUGUAGUCCUCUGAGGGCAAAUGUGUGGUUUUUUAAACAUUUUGCCAUAAUUGCACAAUUUAUGCAUUUUGAAUUAAUGUCAUGUUAUUUUUUUCUUAUAAUAAACCUGUUCAAAUAUAA